AUGACGACUGAUCGUCGUGAUGCCUCCGACAAGGACUUGGAAAUAGCCCGACACGAGUUGAAUCAAGCCUUGAUAGAAAGUGGCGAGAGAGACCAGUUGAAGCAAUACGUAAUGGACCAGUUGAUGCGUUCUGGAUGGCGAGAUGAGUUGAAGGAAUACUGCGUUCUCGAACGUAUAAAGGAGUUCGCAGCGAGGCAGCAAGAGAGGAACAAUGUGGCUUAG